UUCAAUUAGCAUUAAUAUAAAAUGGUUUUACGCUGCUUACUUUUAAUCAUUUCAAGUCAGUCGAAAGAUACAAGUGUUACUACUGCUGAAUAUAUAAAAUUAACAUGAAACUUCCUUCAAUUGCUUGCUUAAUUUUCGCCAUACUUGGCUGUGUUACAGCUUUGAAGAACCCUGUCUGCGGAAUUAAAUAUCGAGGAGUCGGCCUAUGUAAAAUGUUAAUCACGAAAAUAGUUUACAUACCCAGUGAAAAUAAAUGCAAGACAGUGCACAUUACUGGAUGCUCCGCCGAAGGAACUUUCUUCAAAAGCAUAAAGGAAUGUGAAGCUGAAUGCAAGGAAUGUUAAAAUAGAAGGGCAUUUUCGGAAUAAAAAAAUGUGUAUCAGUCAUACUUCAAAA